UGCCGUAAUCGUCGCUUCCUUAAGGACAAUGUGGACCAGUGCACAGUAUUUCUCAAGUGGUACCUAAGAAUCUUAGGGUCAGGUUAAGGCACACCUUAUCCUCUCAGAGAAGCCUGCCAAGAGCACAAAAGGCUCAAGUAUCGAUAUCCAUUUUAUUGUUCAGAAUUCCCUAAUUGAAGGCCCCGGGAGUCUGAAAACUUGGACGAAAGAUAUACGGGCUGCAGUAACAGAUGUCCUAGAGGAAAACUGUGCAACGGAUAAGGGCAUGUUUUGACUUCGAAUAGGCACUUGGGCCAACGCGUUCUUCCUCACUAACGGAAGGUGUAUGGAUUUCCACGGCAGGCACCGAAUUGUUUCUCCUUUCGGAAAAAAAUAUAUGCUUUGUCCAAUGGGAUAAUGACUUCAGUUUCCAGCACAACCCGGAUUUCUUUGGAUCCUGCGGAGUUCUGCCUUUCCCAAAGUAUUUCCAGGGCAGCCGCAAGCCCUGGCUGUCUUCAAGGCUGUUCUCUGGAGCUGCCCCUCUCUCUGCUCUGCCAAUUAUGUGCCACUUUGUCUUGGUGCCCUGACUGCUUUCUUCUGAGAGGGAAAUUCCUCUUUCAUCAGUAUGGAUGCACUGUUUUCACACACUGCAAGUGCUGUGUUGCUGUGUCAGUCAUCCUAUGAGGGCCAGUUUCAGACGAGUAGGGCUGACGAGCUGGCUGGGGAUUGGCUGCCCACGGCGGGGCGGGGUUUGUCGGAAGGAAGGGCUGCAGCUUACAGCAACAGAGUUUAGACUGUCUUUGCUUCAUCAUCUGAAGGCAAAAUUUUCCAGAUACGGCAGACGGGUCUCAGAGUACAAUACACAGGGAAUGAGAACUAUUUACAUGGAAAUUUCUUCCUCAUGAUGCAGCGGAGAAGCCUCGGCCGACUGAUUCUGCCAGAUGUUCCUGGGGUCACUGUAAAGGGAAAGGAGAGGCAGAGCUAAACAAGGUUCAUGAUUUAAAAGUGCCUGUGUGAAGUCACUUUUGCUGGAAACCACAGCCUGGGAGCUUCGGUGUUCACAUCGUGUUUUUCUGUCCACUGCACAUUACCCUGCCCUUAUGAGUGGAUGAAGAUACCUCACUUGUCUGACUUUGCCAAUUGCUUGAUUUCAGAAUUUCAAAAGGAGGAAGGCAAAAGAAAUCUGCUAAGAUCUGAACAUCCAAGUGGCUUAUUUUCCAGCCUGGUCAAUAGCUGUGAGCGUCAGAACUAAACAUCCUUCCCAGGAGUGCCAUGGUAUUGAAGUCGCUUUAUUAAAAACAGUUGUGUCUGCGAAACGAUCAGGUGACUCGGGCGUUUGCAGCCAGAGAUGACACUGAGCAAGCUUCUGCUGUGGCCUGCCGUCUUCGAGUGGGGCGUAUUGAUGGAUGAGUGACUGCCUGCCGAUAAAUUCUCUCCUCACUGCUUCCUGGAUCGGACUUCGUUAAGCAAUUUAUCACCUACCUGCAGACUUACAUGUGGGAUUUUUCACAACAAUAGUUUUGGAAUCAUUGGAACUUGGGUCGGCUUCAUCCUUUAACCGGAACGAACAGGCUCCAAAUUUCUCUCUCACCAUGGCUUUGAAUGUCGCCCCCGUCAGAGACACGAAGUGGCUAACGUUAGAAGUCUGCAGGCAGUUCCAGAGGGGGACUUGCUCCCGCUCAGACGAGGAAUGCAAAUUUGCUCACCCCCCCAAAAGUUGCCAGGUUGAAAAUGGAAGAGUCAUUGCCUGCUUCGAUUCCCUAAAGGGCCGUUGCUCAAGAGAGAACUGCAAGUAUCUGCACCCUCCAACGCAUUUAAAAACUCAGCUAGAAAUUAACGGGAGGAACAAUUUGAUCCAGCAAAAAACUGCAGCAGCAAUGCUUGCCCAGCAAAUGCAAUUUCUGUUUCCAGGAUCCCCACUCCACCCAGUGCCCACUUUUCCUGUAGGUCCCGCAAUAGGGACAAAUACGGCGAUUAGCUUUGCUCCUUACUUAGCACCUGUAACCCCUGGAGUUGGGUUAGUCCCAACGGAAAUUCUACCCACCACACCUGUCAUUGUUCCCGGAAGUCCACCUGUCACUGUCCCGGGCUCAACUGCAACUCAGAAACUUCUCAGGACUGACAAACUGGAGGUCUGCAGGGAGUUCCAGCGCGGAAACUGCGCCCGGGGAGAGACCGACUGCCGCUUUGCGCACCCCGCCGACAGCACCAUGAUCGACACAAACGACAACACCGUAACCGUUUGUAUGGAUUACAUAAAGGGGCGUUGCAUGAGGGAGAAAUGCAAAUAUUUUCACCCUCCUGCACACUUGCAGGCCAAAAUCAAAGCUGCGCAGCACCAAGCCAACCAGGCCGCGGUGGCCGCCCAGGCAGCCGCGGCCGCGGCCACAGUCAUGACUCAGUCGACUGCCAAAGCAAUGAAGCGACCUCUCGAAGCAUCUGUAGACCUGGCCUUUCCUCCUGGUGCUCUUCAUCCUUUACCAAAGAGACAAGCACUUGAAAAAAGCAACGGUGCCAGCACCGUCUUUAAUCCCAGCGUCUUGCACUACCAGCAGGCUCUCACCAGUGCUCAGCUGCAGCAACACACGGCGUUUAUUCCAACAGGGUCAGUUUUGUGCAUGACACCCGCUACCAGUAUUGUACCCAUGAUGCACAGCGCUACGUCAGCCACUGUCUCUGCAGCAACAACUCCUGCAACAAGUGUCCCCUUCGCAGCAACAGCCACAGCCAAUCAGAUCAUUCUGAAAUAAUCAGCAGAAACGGAAUGGAAUGCCAAGAAUCUGCAUUGAGAAUAACUAAACAUUGUUACUGUACAUACUAUCCUGUUUCCUCCUCAAUAGAAUUGCCACAAACUGCAUGCUAAAUAAAGAUGUAGUUCUUCUGGACAGACCACAACUCUAAGAAGCUAGUGCUGCUAUAUCAUAUAUGAGUAUUAAAUACGGUAUGCUUAGUAUACUCCAACCUAAGAUAGUUAACUACCUGAGACCAGCUGUGAUGUUUAAAGACAUAAAGGAUAAAGUUGACUUUUAAAGGGUUUCUAAACAUAGUUUCUGUCCUAGGAAUAUUGUCUUAUCUCCAUAACUAUAGCCGAGGCAGAAAGUCCAACCAAUUUACUCAUUUCGACUGAGAAUAUUUCCAAGUUAGCAAUAAAACAGUUAGCAUUAGUUUAAACAACCUACUCCAAGGGCAGGUUCGAGUCUAACUUCAAUUACUGUCAUUUCAUUUACCCACUGGAUCAAAGCUGUGUUUCACUUCUUGACAACACGAAUGCUGCAGCAAAGAUGAGAAGUGAAGUAAAACCAUGACCUGCCCUGCAGGUCUAAAAUCGGAAUGGAAAUUCAAGCACAAGUACUGGGGACACAUCAAAGUGUGGUGUUUGGUUUGCCUGGAGAUGCCGCAUUGAAUCAUGUGAUUCUAGAAUAACAUUAAGUAGAUUGAAAAAGAAACUUUGCACGGUAUGAGCUUCAUACCCCACCAAACAAAGUCUUGAAGGUAUUAUUUUACAAGUAUAUUUUUAAAGUUGUUUUAUAAGAGAGACUUUGUAGAAGUGCCUAGAUUUUGCCAGACUUCAUCCAGCUUGACAAGAAUGAGAGGCCCAUGCCAACAGUCUAAUCAAAGGGAUUAGUCUUUCAAAUUCACUAUCCGGUUGCCUGUUACAGAAUAAUAACGCUUCUAAACUAAAAACCUAGUCAAACAAGGAAGCUGUAGGUGAGGAGAUCUGUAUAAUAUUCUAAUUUAAGUAAGUUUGAGUUUAGUCACUGAAAAUUUGACUGUGACUUUAAUCUAAAUUACUAUGUAAGCAAAAAGUAGAUAGUUUCACUUUAAAAAAAAUCCAUCACUGUUUUGCAUUUCAAAAGUUGGAUUAAAGGGUUGUAACUGACUACAGCAUGGAAAAAAAAUAGUUCUUUUAAUUCUUUCACCUUACAGCAUAUUUUAUGUCUCAAAAGUAUAAAAAACUUUAAUACAAGUACAUACAUAUUAUAUAUACACAUACAUAUAUAUACUAUAUAUGGAUGAAACAUAUUUUAAUGUUGUUUACUUUUUUAAAUACUUGGUUGAUCUUCAAGGUAAUAGCGAUACAAUUAAAUUUUGUUCAGAAAGUUUGUUUUAAAGUUUAUUUUAAGCACUAUCGUACCAAAUAUUUCAUAUUUCACAUUUUAUAUGUUGCACAUAGCCUAUACAGUACCUACAUAGUUUUUAAAUUAUUGUUUAAAAACAAAACAGCUGUUAUAAAUGACUAUUAUGUGUAAUUGUUUAAAACAUCCAUUUUCUUUGUGAACAUAUUAGUGAUUGAAGUAUUUUGACUUUUGAGAUUGAAUGUAAAAUAUUUUAAAUUUUGGCAUCAUCGCCUGUUCUUAAAACUACAUGCACCAACCAUAUCAUUUUUGUUUGAGGAAAAAAGCAAUCUGCCAUUUUAAUUAAUGUUGGUCAAAGUCUAAUGACGACUUAUAUCAUAGGUUUGAUAACUCUACCAAAAGAAAAUCACAUUCUGAGUGUAAUCUUACAUAGUGCUUGUAUCUUUACAUUUGUUUUAAUUUGUGGAAAAGUAUCUAACUUGUAUUUCUUUGGUAGUUUCAUCUUUAUGUAUUAUUGAUAUUUGUAACUUUCUCAACUAUAACAAUGUAGUUAUGCUACAACUUGCCUAAAACAUGCAACCUUUUUUUCUUUUUUUCUUUGUUAACUCAAACUCAUUGAAAACAGAGUAUACAUUACUAAAAGGUAAAUUAUGGGAAUCCCUGAAAUAUUUUUGUAGACUAAUUGUUGUAACAUUGUCUCUUUUUUUCUUUUGCUUCAUGAUUUUGAUUUUAAAAAUUAUUAGCACACAACUACUUUCAGCCCUUUAAUAAUGGAGCAUCAAAAACAUCACCUGUACCCCCAAGCAAAUAUAGAAGACUGUAUUUUUACUAUGAUAUCCAUUUUCCAGAAUUGUGAUUAUAAUAUGCAAAGAGUCAUAAAUAUGUCAUUUACAAUAAGGAGGAGGCAAGGCAAAUGCAUAGAUGUACAAAUAUAUGUACAACAGAUUUUGCUUUUUAUUUAUUUAUAAUGUAAUUUUAUAGAAUAAUUCUGGGAUUUGAGAGGAUCUAAAACUAUUUUUCUGUAUAAAUAUUAUUUGCCAAAAGUUUGUUUAUAUUCAGAAGUCUGACUAUGAUGAAUAAAUCUUAAAUGCUUUGUUUAAUUACAAAAACAAAAUCACCAAUAUCCCAGACAUGAAGAUAGCAAUUCAACCAAUACUGUAGUUAAGAGAUGAACUCGCCACUUGUACGGGACUGCAUUUCACUCUUGGUUUUCAGGAUAUAACAGCACUUCACCGAAAUAUUCUUUGAGCCAUACCACUGGUAACAUUUCUACUAAAUCUUUCUGUAACACUUAAAGAAUUCCUUCAUUCAUUACCUUACAGUGUAAACAGGAGUCUAAUUUGUAUCAAUUCUGUUUUGGUUGUAAUAGUUCACUCACCCAAUGUACAACCAAUGAAAUAAAAGAAGCAUUUAAAAGGA